UAGGAAACGUCAAAACCCGGACAGUCCGCAGCUCUGGCUCCUGCAGCUUGAGGUGCUCGGAGUUCACAGAGGUCUGGUGCUGUUUCUGGUACUCUCGCCACCGUCAUCUUCACCGGCGUGAACAAGUAAAGUUUGAACAGACUUCUCCAUGGCCUGGGCAUCAGUUCCCGGCUGAGCCAUUUUCUUUUUGGCUUAAAGCCCCCGCCCAGAGGCCGAUUCGUCGCGGCGGCGGUGGAGAUCGCAGGUCGCUCAGGCUUGCAGAUGGGUCAAGGGCUGUGGAGAGUGGCCAGAAACCAGCAGCUACAACAGGAAAGCUAUAGUGAGCAAGGCUACCUCACCAGAGAGCAGAACAGGAGAAUGGCUGCAAGCAACAUUUCUAACACCAGUCAUCGUAAACAAGUCCAAGGAGGCAUUGAUAUAUAUCAUCUUUUAAAGGCAAGGAAAUCUAAAGAACAAGAAGGAUUCAUUAACUUGGAAAUGUUGCCUCCUGAGCUAAGCUUUACCAUCUUGUCCUACCUGAAUGCAACUGACCUCUGCUUGGCUUCAUGUGUUUGGCAGGACCUUGCUAAUGAUGAACUUCUCUGGCAAGGCUUGUGCAAAUCCACUUGGGGUCACUGUUCCAUUUACAAUAAGAACCCACCUCUAGGAUUUUCUUUUAGAAAACUGUAUAUGCAGCUGGAUGAAGGUAGCCUUACCUUUAAUGCCAACCCAGAUGAGGGAGUGAACUACUUUAUGUCCAAGGGUAUCCUAGAUGAUUCACCAAAGGAAAUAGCAAAGUUUAUCUUCUGUACAAGAACACUGAACUGGAAAAAGCUGAGAAUAUAUCUUGAUGAAAGGAGAGAUGUCUUGGAUGACCUUGUAACAUUGCAUAAUUUUAGAAAUCAGUUCUUGCCAAAUGCACUGAGAGAAUUUUUUCGUCAUAUCCAUGCCCCUGAAGAGCGUGGAGAAUAUCUUGAAACUCUUAUUACAAAGUUCUCACAUAGGUUCUGUGCUUGUAAUCCUGAUUUAAUGCGAGAACUUGGCCUUAGUCCUGAUGCUGUCUAUGUACUGUGCUACUCUUUGAUUCUACUUUCCAUUGACCUCACUAGCCCUCAUGUGAAGAAUAAGAUGUCAAAAAGAGAAUUUAUUAGAAAUACCCGUCGUGCUGCUCAAAAUAUUAGUGAAGAUUUUGUAGGGCACCUUUAUGACAACAUCUACCUUAUUGGCCAUGUGGCUGCAUAAAAGCACAAUUACUAGGACUUCAACUUUCUACUUCAGACUAAAAGCUACCCAAGGACUUAUUUAGCAAAUAUGGGGGUUUCAUCAGUGCUGGCCCUUCUAGCCUCUGUAUACAAUCAAGCUUGAGUAUACAACCUCUUUUUCUUUCACUAUUUUAUUUUUUAGUAAUUUUCUUGGAGAACUAAGUAAUUAAGAUUUUUCUUAAUUUUGCUUAUCAUGGUUUGCACAAAGCACAGCCAUUGUCUGACUCAACUGUUGAAAAUAUGUUAAACUGACAUACAUUAUACUCUAUAAGAUGGUGUAUUUGUGCAUUAGAUUUGCCUGAAAAACUUUAUUCAUUUACAUUCUUUUUUUAAGAUUCCAUGUAAUGUGUACAUAUUGAAAGAGAUUUAUAAUCAUAAUUAUUUUAUUGUAAAGAUUUUAACUAAAGUUUUUUUUCCUUUUCUCUCAAACUGGUUCUGAAAUUUAUUUGGUUCUGAUCUGAGAAUAUUGUUGUCUUUGUAAAAGUAGGAUCUGGCUUCAGAUGGAAACCAAUACCAGCUUUCCUUGUCUUUGAACUUUCAAGAGUGUUGAUUUGUUACUAUAUUACUAUGCAAAACUGGCACUUAUUUGUAUAAUAUAAAUUUAUCAUUUGAUUUUUCAUUUUUAAAACUUUUGAGUUAGUCAAUUCUCAGUAAGUCCUUUAAACCACUUAGAAUUUAAAAAUGUCUGAACUUAACAUCUACACUUACCAGAACAGAAUAAAAUAUUAGAACUCUGAUAAAUCUUUGCUUGCUUAUAGCUGAACUAGUCAAACUUGACUGUUUUCAUAAUAUUGAUAAUCUCUGUUCAGAAUUCAGUAAGAAAGGGAUAUUGUGAAUGAUAGUCUUUGUUCAUUAACUCAGUCAGUGUUCAUCAAGGGACUUCCAUGUGCUAAGUACUGUGCUAGGUAUUAGUGAUACCUAGGCAUGAGUUCUGAAUUCACAGGUGUUACAUGAUUGGAUAAAUCCUACGAAAUGGAGAGCAAAUGUAUUCAGUGCAUCUUAAUAAUUAUUUAAUGAUUAAAAUACACAGCAUUGGAUUGAUAGAGAACAUUGUAUUUACAUAGUAAGAUAAACAACAAAAGGUUUGGAGUGACACAGAAUGUGAUGGUAGAGCUGCUAGCUUGAGGAAGGGGAGUGGGAGUGGAGACUUCAUACUGGAGGUGUAGAAUCCUGGCUUCCUUUCGGAUCUGACCCUGAAUCCAUAGAGAUUGUUAAUAUUACAGCUGCAGUGGUGUACUGUAGGUUUUUCACAGACAAAAUAUAAGGUAAUCAAAUCAUUUUUAAUGCCAGAGGGAAUUCUAAACUAAUAGGAAACAGUUUCUAAAUUCUGAAUCAAUAUUUAAGUAAUAUUCACAUGUACAUAAUUUUGAAUUCCAUAACAAAAUAAUUCUAAUUUGUAAAGUUCAGACUAAUUUAUUAAGCUUCAAAAGACAAAGAGCAGUGGUAACGUAUUUUCUUUUGUUCAUGUAUUCCAGUGGCACAUAGACUUCUGUGUCUACUCCUCUUUUUUCUAUUCCUCUCGAUUGCUGUCUUUUUAAAUUUCAGUAUCUCUUUUUUUUUUAAUAGCCCCCACUUCCCAAUUUUUUCUCUUUUAUCAGUCUUAUUUUUCUAUUACUAUGAUCCGAUUAUUAAAGUGGAUUGGCAAUAUCUUUUUUUUCCCAACAUUUUCUUAUGGAAAUUUUCAAGCAUAUAGAAACAUUGACAUAUUUUACAGAGAAUGCCUAUACAUACCACAUGGAUUCUACAAUUAAAAUUUUACUGUAUUUAUUUUAUCACAUAUUUAUCCCUCCCUCUUUCCCUCAAUGAAUCCAUUUUAUUAGUUUGGUACAGGUUAAAAUAAGUUUCAAACAUCAAUACACUUCUUUCCUAAAGACUUAAACUUGCAUAUCUUUAAUUAAAAGUCUAUUUUUUUAGUUUUCUUCCUUUGAGAUAAAACUUACAUUCAGCAACAGAACUCUUCUGCGUACUAAUCAAUGAAUCUUCACAUAGACAUGUAUCUGUGCAAGCCAAACCAGCGUGACUAUAGAGACCCAUUUAUGCCGUCCUCCCAUCCACUCUUAUUCUUGUCAUAUAUUACAUACAGUAUAUGUUACAUGUUGUAAUUUGCCUUGAACAAGCAUAUACACUUUAAAUAAAUUAGGAAAAAAUUCUCUUUCAUACUUACCCAGGUUAUCAUUUCUGAUAUUCUUAUCUGAUGAUCCAAGUUUUCUUGCAGUAUUGCUCCUUUCAAAAUGAAAAAACGAUUUCUAUUUCAGUUCAUGUCUGCUAAAAAUGUCUGUUUUCCUUUGUGAAGAAUUUUUUACUGAAUAUUUCUGAGUUGACAUUUUUCCCCUAUAAUGAUAUUAUUUCACUAUUUCCUGACUUCUUAUUUCUGAUGAGAAGGCAGUAGUGUUCGAAUUGUUUUCCCCAUGUUUGAUGUCAUUUCUCUCUGAGUGUUUUAUUUCAUCCAAUAUUUUUUAAUCUCAUAUAGUCUCAGGUUUUUUUAGACUUGAUUUUUUUUCUAAUCUUGUUUUCCUCAUUUAGGUUUUUUUCUCUUGAUCUGUAUUCCAGUUUACUAACUCUUACAUAAUCAUUCUCCUUUUAGGCCUCCAAUAAAUAUUUUUUAAAUUGCUGCAUUUUUUAAUUCUAGAAAUUUCCUUUAGCUUUUAUAACUUAUAUCUCAAUGCCAAGAUUUCUUAUCUUUUUAGUUUAUUACAAGCACAUUUUCCCUUACAUUCUUAAGCAUAGUUAGAAAAGCUGCUUUAAAAUAUUUGUCUGCUCAUCCUAAUAUCCUGGAGCAUAUCAGUGUUGAUCUUUGGUUUUCUUUUCUUUUGAGAAUGGGUUACAUUUUCCUGUUUCUUCAUAUGCUGAGUAACUUAGACUGUGUUCUGGACAUGGUGAAUAAGAUGUAAUAGAAGCCCUGGAUUCCUAUAUGUUUCUCCAGAUACUUUUUUCCGCCCCCAAACAGGCAGUUAACCUGACUAAACUUCCAACUAUAAUCUCUGGCUCCCCUGUAGUUGAUGGCAGCUCAAAUUUCAGUUCAGUUCUUUCAUUAGGCAGCUCUACUUUGAGUCGUUUCUAUGUGUGCAUGCUUCAGAGACCACCAGAAUUGGGGGCAAGGUCCAUACACAGGAUUUGAGACUCUCAUUGGUUCUUUCCUUGCCAGGCUUUCCCUCUGCAUUUUCCAGUAGCAGCCAUGACCCCGAACUCUAACCUGUAGUUCUUCACAUCAACAAAACAAUGGGUUCCACAUGAUGCAAAGUGGGGACUGCCUUUGGGCUAAUGAUCAGAAUGGGAAGUUUAUUCAAUGCCAUGUUCUCUACUACCCAAAAUUUUGUAGGAUCAGCUUGUUUUGGGUUGCUUUCUACUACUUUUGAGUCACUGAUUUUUCUUUAUAGCCCAGAGUUUGUAGUUUUAUCUGUUGGAAGGUUGAAAGAGCUACUUGACUAUCACUUAAAGUGAAACCCUCUCUAAUUGAGUAGUAUUCUUUUUAUGAUUACUGAUUAGGGAUUUAUUCCUCAUUAUUUUUAAAAAUAGGUGAUUAGAAAUUUUUAACAUGUUCCAUCUUUGAAGACCCUUAAUAAUAAACACUACAUUAGUCAUUCAGUGUUUCCCUGUAGGGGUUCUAUUGGUUUUGAGGGAAGGUUAGUCGUCAUCAUGGGAUGAAUUUUUGUAUUGUAUGUAAUGUCACAUACAGUACAGUGCAUAACCAUGCUUGGAUCUUGCUACUAGAUGCCAGUAGCCUCUCCCAGUCAUUAUAUACAAAUAAUGUUUCCAUAUAUUCAGAUGUCUGCUGGGGAAGCAAAUUACCUAUAAUGAGAAUUGCAUCGUCUUUCAGAUUUAACAAUUACAUCUUUCUAAAACACAAAUCUUGAUGACACUUCAAAGUCCUCUUUUGCCCUAAAAAUAGCUAAGUAUAACCUCCUUAGCAUGGUAUUUAAGACCUUUCGCAAUCUGACCUCAGCUUAUCUUUAAAGCUUCAUUUCUAAUAACAUUCCUCAACUAUGGUCUGAUUUUUCUUUGCCUUUUAUAAGCUCUCUUUCUCUGAUACCUUUUUCUUGCCUGUAUAUCUAAUGUUCCUCUACUAAUCAUCUGAGAGUCACCUCAAAUGUAAUUUCUUUUUCAAAACUCUCAAACUGUUAGACACACCGCUAGUGUUAAUCACUUCUUCCUCUGUACACUGUGACACUCCGUACAUAUCUUUUUUAUAAUAGUUAUACUAUUAUUAUCUAUAUGUCCAACUUUUUUGUUAAACAUGAUCUUAAGAUUGGACUGCUCCCAACCAGCCAGGUUCUGUUUCAAGUUCUGAAUUAGGGAAGUGGCAGAGGAUGUAAAGAGAAGUGAUAAAUUUGGAAAUUGAUAGGAUUUGGUGAUUUUGGAAAAAGAUUUCUAAUCUGAGUGCCUGGUUGUUCUGUUAUAAAAGGUAGCUACUAGGAAAAGCAACAGGUGGAGUAAAAUGUAAAGAAUUUUCCCUAUUUUUGCAUAUUUUGAACUUCAAUGAAUGAAUAGAGUUUUCAUUGACUGUAGCCAGAAAUAGGACUAGAGUUAAAAGUAAAGGGAGGGCCGGAGUCGUAGCUCAGUGGUAGAGCACUGGGUUCAAUCCUCAGCACUAUAUAAUAAAAUUAAGUAAAUAAAAUAAAGGUAUUGCAUCCAUCUACAACUAAAAAAAAAUUUUUUUUUAAGUAAAUGGAACUGGAUGUGUAAGUUGGAGUACACAUCAAUAUUUAAAGCAUUUUGAGUGAUGCAUGGAAAAGCUAACAUUUCUUAGAAGUAUAAGAAUAAAGAAAUAAUUGGAAAAUAUAUUAUUUUAGGUUUUGGUAGAGAAAAAAGAAGAGUCAGAAAAGAGGGUUCAUCAAACCUUUAGAAACACUAGAGAAGAAUAGUAUCCCAAUGACUAAAGAAGGAAAUUGUCAAGAAGGGUGCUGAAUUUUAUUGCAGCCCAAGGAAGUUUUUUCUCAUCUACACUCAACCUUCUUGAGUCUACCUUUCCACCUGGGACUGAGUUCUUUGAGGCUAGAAAAUCACCAUACUGCUAAUGGCUUUUAUAUGGUUGUUAGCAAAUAUUCCCUUACCCGAGAUGUAAUCUGAGCUCUGCUGAAACCCACAAGAGUGCUUAGGCCUGUCUACACCUCCCUUCCCCAAUAAGGGUUGUGUUGUUUCAAGCCCAGAAUGCACUAUGCCAGUAGGGUACUUCUUGUGAAUCCUUCCCACACAGUCACCGGCUAUGUUUUCUAAGAUACAGAUCAUGUUGUGAAAGAGAAAAGGAAAGAAGGGGAAACGAAGGAAGGAGAAAGAGGAGAAAGGGGAAGGAAAGGCUGAAAAACAAAGAAGGAAAAGGAGAAGGGUAAAGGAGAAAAGAGAGAAGGAGAGGGCAGAGAAGAAAAGAAGAAACUACUUAAAUCUUUUAGAGCCUCCUCCAAAUUUGUCAUCAGCAUGAUUUUUCCUGAGUCUGUUCUGGUGAAUCUAACAUUCUGAUUGUAAUGAAUGCUCUAUUUUCAUCUUUCACUCCGCUUUCUGGGAAACUGUUAAAUGCUCCUUCAUGUUUACCUGUUGAAAUGUUAUUCAUCCUUCAACAUUCUCAAAUUCUGUUCCCUCCAGGACAACUUUUCUCAGUCCUUGCAGAUGGAAAUUUAAUUCUUCUUAUGUCUCAUUCAGUUCUUAACAUAGAUGUUUCCCAAAAGCAGUUUCUUGAAUUAUUUUAGCUCUGGUUCAGUUACUAUAUAAGUAUAUAGAAAGAGCUUUACUGGUUUCAUUUUUACAAAACACAUUCAGAUUUUUCAGGUGUACACAAUAUAUAAUUAUUUAACUUUAAAUAAUUUUUAAGACAGGUUCAACCUGUGUAUUUUUUGAAACAAAUUCAUCUCUCUAGGACUUAUAAAUAUCUGGAUAAAUCACUAUUGCUUUAAAUUUGUCUCCCUUUUUUUAACUUCAAUAAUUUAAGUCUAAUCUUGUUAGUUCUUUUAAUUAUUCUUUCCAAUUUUUGGCAAUAUUAUUAAUAUCAAUGAAUACAGAGCUAAUGAAAGUCGACUUAUUCAGUUGUAAUAUUUAAAAUAACAAUCUCUUUAUUCUAAUUGUAGCCUAUUUUCUGGUGUCUAAAGUGUUCUUUGUUUUCUUAAAUAUUACAAAUACCUAUAAUUUCUUUUCAAGCACUCAUAAAUGAAUGGAGCCUCUUUUAGGAAGCAAUCCUAAGGAAAUAAUAAAAAUAGGGAAAAGGGAGUGUGUAUCCCCUUCAUAACAUCCUUAUUUUUAAAGGAAAAGAAAAAAAAGAUGGAAACACGUGGAAUGCCCAAAACUUGGGGCAGUUUUAAGAAAUAACCAACAAAUAUUUGAGUAUGGACUAUGUACAUGACACUAUGCUAGGGACUGGUCAGGUAGACCAAAAUACAUUCUCGUGAUAUGUUACUGUGAAGCCAUGAUGUUUCUGAAUAAUAUGGGAAACCACUUAUAAAUAUAAAAGAUAUGAAAUUAUAUGUGUAUAUACAUAUGUACAUACACACAUUAUAAUAAUCAUAUAAACCAUGAAUGGAAAGAAGAGACUGGAAUAAAAGAUACCAUAUUAUAAUGGAUUUUUUCUUAUUUCUUCUUU